UGCCAAUAUGGAAUAUGGCGGCGGUGGCACUGGUUAGUUGUAGACGGUGAUAUCCUCAAGUGGUAGCAUCAUGCCGAUCCAGGCACUGGCCGCGCGCGUUAUUUUUUAUCCCACCCUGUUAUAUAAUGUGUUUAUGAGGAAGGUGACGGAUCGGAGGUGGUACGAUAGGAUAGAUGAGACGGUUAUCUUAGGAGCGUUGCCCUUCAGGAGCAUGAGUGAGAAGUUAAUUAAUGAGGAAAACGUCCAUGGGGUUAUCACGAUGAAUGAAGAAUACGAGACCAGGCUGUUGUGUAACUCCGCUGAGCAGUGGAACGCUUUGGGUGUAGAACAGCUGCGUCUCAGCACCGUGGAUUUCACUGGGGUCCCCACACUGGAGAACUUACAGAAAGGGGUGGCAUUUCUUCAUGAGCACCGAAAAAAGGGUAACAGCGUUUACAUCCACUGCAAGGCAGGUCGCUCUCGCAGCGCCACCAUGGUAGCUGCAUAUUUAAUAGAGAGACACAAGUGGACCCCUGAUUCCGCAGAGGCUUUCAUAGCAAGCAUAAGGCCGCACAUUAUCAUCCGAGACUCACAACACCAAGUGCUGGAAAGUUACUACAGCUCGGUUAACGACACCAGAGCCCCAGAAAGCGGAGGCUGAAAUCGGAGGAUAAUAUGUGUCCUUGUGACAAAUGGAACUCAAAAUGUCAAACCUCACCCUAACAAAUCAUAGAAGAUUAGCAUCUUCCACGUAUAAACCCAACCGGGACCUCUGGCUUGCUUCCAGGACUUUGUGUAAAUGUUUUUAAUGGAUUUUCUACAAUUAAACAUAGUCUAAUAAUCACA